CAUUCUGCCCAAUCCCGCAACGGGGAAGUGAGAUAAAGCGCUGGGGUUCCCACAAGAUCCUCCAGUCCCAGCAGUGCUUACACUAUAAACUCGGAUAAAAUAAGGCCUGUGCUCCGCUUAUAAUACAGGAGUCAAACCCGACAGAUGUGACUUUGAUCAGUGAAUCCUUGGAUAAUUUGGGAAUCAUUUGAUUUUGUUCUACUUGCUGUAAAAACACAACGCCUGUUAAAAUGGGUGCCUUAAUGCUCAUCCUGCACGUAGGCCUUAUCAUCAGGUUUGGCUUCACUGAGUCAUCUCAAGAUCAUACAGAACCAGAGCCUAGCCUGGAUCUGGAAUGCCUCAAUGAUUUCGACGAAAAGAUGACAUGCUACUUGACCUCGAACCAACUUGACAGUUGCUCCGAAUAUAGUCUCAAUGUGUCUAUAGAUGAGGUUAUGUACACAUGUGAUUUCAAGAAACUUAAUUCCAGUGCUUGUGAAUGCUCAGUACAUGUGAUACAUGGCUUUGUUUUGAAUGAGGACAACACGGCUAAUGUGUUGAGAAGGAAAAACUUCUUGUUCAAGAAAACUGUCCCGACUACAGAAAACAUUAAGCCUAAAAAACCAGUCAUUCUGUCAGUCAAUGAGACAGAGAAUGGAAACUUUCUCAUUGCCUGGGACGCCAUAUAUGACAAUGAAAAGGUGUUCAAGGAAGGUCUGACUACAGAGCUCACUUACUAUGUCGAAGGAAGCAAAGAACACAGAAAAAUUUUGCCAUUGAAUAAAAACCAGUGGAAUUACGAGCUUGUACGCAGAAACCUUCAGUCAAAUUCCAACUAUAUUGUGAAGGCAAGAGUGAAAUCAGAGGACAGUCCAAGAUUCAGUGACUACAGUGAUCCAUAUAAGUUUUCCACAUCCUCAUCUGCAAAUGACGUUCUCAUGAUAAUAAUUCCCAUCAUGUGUGUAAUCCUGAUCAUCUGCAUAGUCACCAUCUACUACUCUUACAACAAGAUCGUGACAGAGUGGUGGAACAAGAUUCCUACUCCAAAAAUAGCUACUAAUUUUGUAAAACAGGUCCCAAUCAUGCUGUCAUUUCCAAAUGACACGUCACAUGUCCAUUUUGAAUCAUCAAAACUGGUCCACUCUGGGGAGAAGACAUGGCCAGAGUCUCUUCUCGUAGACGUCAAAGGUGAAAACAGCCUCAACAGCCUUGGUAAAGGUGACAAUUCAGCUGAACUGAUUUAUGGCCAAACAGGCUAUGAGAGUUUAGAAGAAAACAGCACUGAAAAUAAGACUCACUGCGAACAUGUCAAAGAAUCUCAGUCAGCAAACCUUCGUCAAAUGCCGAUGUCCAACGAAUAUUAUAAAAAUCUGAAAUCAAACAUUGACGACGGUAAUGGCAAAAGGGAGUGCGAGAAUAGCUCUGGCUUCAGUAACAAGUUCUAUAUGAUUUCAGUGUCUGACUCCAAGUUCCAGAACCCAGAAAUCCAACACUUUAUCAGUGACUUUAAUGAAAGUGAGAAUGUAUUGCCUGCUCUGGCAAGAAACCCAGACCCCUGGAUACCUACAGACUUUGAGUACAGCUCAUGCACUGGCUCCUCAGGAUCUGAAAAGACCAGCCCGACUCAGUUCACACCCUCCAGCAACGAGAUUAUUGUGGUUCCUGGAUAUCAAAGCGUCAAUGAGGUCAUAGAUUGUGCAUCUACAGACCAAGCAUCAAUCAGCUUUCAUAAUGAUGUUAAUCUGAUAAAGGAAAAGCUAUUAUGCAACAACAACCCACAUAUUAUUUCCUGUGAAACCACCAUCAUCCCAGUCGAGAACGGAUAUAAAGAUAUUCAAAGCUUACUCCAAAAUUCGGGAGAACAACAGAGCCUCACCACUGAACCGGAACUGAAACAGCUUUGUGGCCCGGCUUUGCAUACCUCUCCAGGUAUUCAAAUUGACUGUUCCUAUCACAGGGUUUGAAGUCACAGCUCAGAAGAGAAUUUUCCAGAAUUGUAAUCUAUACAGAAAAGACAUGGAAUGUAUAAAGAUAAUUGUUUAUCCACUACCAAUUAAGCAGAGGGGAAAAAAAGUCUACUUACACACUUGUAUCCAACUCAGUAAACACCACAGCAUUAUUAUCAUCCAGCUGUCGAAAUCCGCUGUUCAAGCUGUCGUUAAAGCCAUAAGAAUGAGCAUUAGCAUGAUGAAUUUUAGGAGUGUGUGUACAAGUACAAGUAAAGAUAUGUUUGCAAACUAUAGCAAUAUAAAUAAUAUCAAGUUACUCUUAAGUAUUGCACUUUAUUACAUGCUUAUUGAUAUGUUUUGCUACAAACUUUGGCACAAUAUUUAGGCAGUACAGAAAAUAAUUGGCAUGUAUGUAAUGAAUAACUUGGUAAAACAAUGUGUUGGGCUGUUAAAAAGAAAACCAGCAUCUUCAUUGUCUAAAGUUAACUGUUAAAGCAGAAGUAUGGCAGAUAGUUAGUUAGUUAGCUAGUUGUUUUUAUUCUGUGUGAUAUCAUAUGGAAUUGUCAAUAAUGCAACAAGAUUUAAAAAAAAAGAACGUAAUUCGGAAUGGAUAAUAAUGCAGUCGUGGCCAAAAGUUUUGAGGCCGACACAAAUUUUGGUUUUCACAAAGUUUGCUGUGUCA